AUGAAAAAGAAACAGAACCUGGAAUUCCUCCCGAAGAAAACAAAAAAAAAAAACCAAAAUGAUUUUUUAAUAAUAUAA